AUGGCGCCUCUUAAAAUUAUUUCACUCGCCGCUGCCUCUGCGCUCCUGAUGGCCAACGCAACCCAAGGAAAUACAGACAGUGAUGACGGCUUAGAAGAGGGACAAUCGUCAACCUACACAGUGGAUCUUGGUGAACCCAAUGUGUGCCUUGACGAGAUCAACGCUGCUCGCGAAGGCGCUGGACUAGCACACUUCCUGGUGGCAGAGAAAGGUUUAGAAACGUGGCCUAAAACUGACGCAAAAUCAGUCAGCCAACAGGCUAAGCCAUGGGAUCCUGUUUGCGAUGCUCUGAUAAAAAAAGAAGAAGAAAUCACGGUACAGCAAGGCGCCGAAGGAAAUGAAUUUCCAAGCGGUACAUACGCCUUCAUGGCCUUGGAUACAGCAGAGGCGGACUGCGCUGCCGCAGUGAGCCACUGGAAGGACGCCGCCAGCAACUUCACCUCCCUCCCUCCACCGAAGACUGAAGGAGAGGAACUCUACGAGAAACAACAUAACGUUUCUUUUAUUGCCAUGUAUAACCCCUCGGAGAAAGCCACGGCUGACUGCCGAGUAGUCACCUGCACACAAGCAACAACUCCCGUGGUAUUUAGCUCACGGAGCGGUGCGGGUGAAAAGAAAGGCUAUGCCCUACUGUGCAUGACCACACCUGAUGCACUUGAAGACGAGGAAGCUCCCUUCACCGAAGAGCAGUGGAAGAAGAUCAAGGCAUCCAUCACAGGUUCUGCCUCUGCUGUUGCACCGAAGGCUGAAGGAGAGGAACUCUACGAGAAACAACAUAACGUUUCUUUUAUUGCUAUGUAUAACCCCUCGGAGAAAGCCACGGCUGACUGCCGAAUAGUCACCUGCACUCAAACGGCAGCUUCCGGCAAAAUAGUAUUCAGUUCACGGACCAGUGCGGGUGAAAAGAAAGGCUAUGCUCUACUGUGCAUGACCACGCCUGAAGCACUUAAAGACGCCGAAGCUCCCUUCACAGGGGAAGCUGAAGGGCUUGAUACGAGUGUAGCCGUCAGUAGCAAGAAGGGGCACCAUACAACUCCCGGGCCCACGGCCGGAAUAGCAGAAGGCAGCCAUACAGGGAUGUGCAUCACUGCAUGCCUGCGCGCGUGUUUCUACACAUCUCUGCGUGCAUACCUCCAUGCAUUCGUGCGUGUUGCGGAAGAAAACAGUAAGUCUAGCAACCUUCCGCAGCACGCACUUUUUUGGCUGGCGAAGUACAGAGGGGAAGCUGAAGGGCUUGAUACAAGUGUAGCCGUCAGUAGCAAGAAGGGGCACCAUACAACUCCCGGGCCCACGGCCGGAAUAGCAGAAGGCCACGGUUUCAAGACACCUUAA